UAAUGCAGGUGAUGCUCCGAAAAAGGCAAGCGUUCGUUUUUCCACCGCCUCCGUAAACAUGUGAAAAUCGUCAGAAAGAUCGGUAGUGAGCUGUAGAAGAAAGAAAAAGAAGGGGGACGCGUCCUCGCAGCUAACCUCAAACAACGCCGUCGUGAAGGAGCGUCGCUACAGCCAUGGCGGUGGGCUCAACGAAAGUCGUCCAAGUGACGAACAUCGCGCCCCAGGCCACCAAAGACCAGAUGCAGACGCUCUUCGGCUACCUGGGCAAAAUCGAGGACAUCAGGUUGUACCCGACCAUCAGGGAUGUGGCAGUGCCGGUUCAGUCGCGAAUCUGUUACAUCAAAUUUCACGACCACAACCAGGUUUCCGUUGCCCAACAUAUGACCAACACUGUCUUCAUCGACAGAGCACUUAUCGUCAUUCCCUGGCCAAACGGAGACAUCCCCGAUGAACAGAGGGCUUUGGAACUUACGAACAAUGGAACUGUUGUACCAGGUCUGUAUCCAUCUGAGCAUAAACUUCCAUCUAACAUGGUGAAUGCCAUCGAAGGAAUACCACCAAACCAUGUAAUAACCACAACUGACCCUAAACUUGAUGCUAAUGGUUUGCCGCUGUAUCCAAAUUUACCUGGACACUUGGAUAGCAGGAGGAUCGAGGAAAUUCGGAGAACUCUGAUUAUUGGUAAUUUAGAUUCUUCCACUACUGAACAGCAAGUCAUGGACUUCUUUGGUAACCACCACGUUGAAGUGAAAUACAUCAGGAAAUGCACUAGGGACUCGGAACCAUCUGGAAACUUUAUGCUAGUCGAAUUCUCGGAUCAAAUGUCCAUUGUACCAGCACUUCAGCUCAAUGGUGAAAUGCUUAAUGACAAACCAAUCAAGAUGACUCACUCAACCGUAGGAAUUGCUAAACCUGAAGCCAAAAGCAAUGAGGCUGCUCAGAAGGAAAUCGAGGAGGCCAUGUCGCGAGUCAAGGAAGCCCACAAUCUUAUAUCCGCGGCAAUAGAUCCUAUGCUUGGAAUCCUAUCCAAGGAGAAACGCAGUCGCAGUGGCUCACGUGGCAGAAAAACUAGGUCAAGGUCCCGUGGACGGUCACGUCGCUCCCGUUCUCGCAAACGCUCACGUUCUCGUCAUCGGCGUUCACGCUCCAAACAUCGACGUCGGUCACGCUCACGUUCGCGUAAACGUUCCCGAUCAAGGGAUCGACGCAAAAAGUCACGGUCACGCCAUCGUUCUCGCUCCAGAACGCGUCACCGUUCUCGAUCAAGAUCCAGACGAUCCAGGUCUCGAAGAUCAAAAUCCAGAAGAUCCAGGUCCAAGUCCAAGGAGAGAAAGAAAAAAUCUCCUGGAAGGAAAAAAAGUCGAUCUCGUUCUAGAAGCAAGAGAUCGAAAUCUCGGUCUCGCAAAUCAAGAUCCAAGUCCAAAUCAAAGUCAUCUAAAUCAAAGUACUCCGAGAAAUCCCGAGAUAAGGACAAAGAGCAUAAGAGUAAAGAUAAAUCUGAAAGCAACGGAAAAUCUAAAAGCAGCAGUAGUAAGGACGAUAGAGAUAAAAGUGAUGAUACUCGCGAGAGAAGCGAAAAGAGCGAAAGAAGUGAAAAAAGUGAAAAGAGUGAAAGAAGUGAAAGAAGUGAAAAGAGUGAGAGGAGUGAAAGGAGCGAAAAAAGCGAAAGAAGUGAGAGGAGCGAAAAAAAAUCCAAGGAUAAGGAUAAGGAGAGGAAAUCAGAAAAAGAGGAUAGAUCAGAAAAAAGAUCGGAUGAAAAAAGCAGAGCAAGUUCGGAAUACAGCGAUAAGGAUAAAGAUAAAGACUCAGAAAAUUGAAUCAAGGCUUGAAAAUGCAACAUCGUGCAAAAUGUACAAACCUUAGAACACAUGGAUUAAAGACUUUUUUUCCUUAUUAGAUGUACUCAACUUACCAUCGGAAAGGCUCCGCAUUUUUGGUAUUGCCGCUCAAUACAAUAAUGAUAGAUAGAAGUAAUGAUAAUUGUUUAAUAGAACUUGGUGUGUCUAAGAUAAAAGUAAUCUAUGUCAAUAAUUUUUGUCCAAUAUGAUUUAAAACUAUAUUUAAUGAAUUUCAAAUAGCAUGUUCAGUUGUGUCAAGAGAGUUCUCUUAAUUUAAUACAAUGAUUAUUGAAUG